AUGACGGAGCAAAGUGUUGGACGAAAGAGCACACCAUUACCGAUAUACGUGGGUGGAGCAAGUGGACGUCAUGCACCACGUAAGAAAACGUUUCUUAAACGUGGUAAUCGUAAUCGCAAUAGUGACGAACGAGAGAUGUCAGCGUUAAAGCAACAAAACAUGGUAUUAAGUGAACGACGCAUGUGGAAAGUGCUUUGGUUGCUCUUUAUUGCUGCUUUUGUCACUUGUAUGAUAUGUCUUGUGACAUUGGGACGUAUGGUACAGAAUGGUAGUAUCUCGAAUAAUGAAGUAAAGGGUGGAGAUGGAACGGAUCGUGGUCUUUUUACUGUGUGGAAAGAGACUCAAGUUUUGUCGAAACUGAAGCGCCUAUCACACAUGUUUACAUCAGUGGAUGAAUCAAAAGUAAAGAAUCAAGUGACAAGAGAAGAAUUGAGUAAUUUAGGUGAUUAUGAAUGUGUAGGGUGGCGACAAACAACUAAUUGUACACCAUUAGGAGAACCGGAGCCAGCAAACAAUAAAAAUUGCUCUGAAUUAAUUUCAAAUGGUGUAUCAGGAUAUUGUGAAGUACGCAAUAUUCAUACUGGUGAGAUACAACGUGUUUUGGCUAUGCAUUGUAGUUCAUUACGUCCAGGUGUGGUCUUUCAAUGUGAAAUGUUUCAAAGUUUACUGAGUUAUAAUAUUUUAUCGACUGAGUACGAGCACGAUUCAAAUUUUUCGUACGAACAGUGUCGCGAUUCAUUUCGUGCAACGAAUCAGUUGUCAAUCACUCCUGCACCACUUGGAGAUGAUGGAUUGAAAAAUGAAAGUGUUGGACAAUUUGAUUUAUCAUUUGACCGUGGUAUUGUAUUUGUCAUUUAUGAAAAAGUUCUUCUUGGAACGUAUGUUAGUGUACGUUCAUUACGUUCAUUAGGGUGUACGUUACCAGUUGAAAUGUGGUACAUGACAUCGGAAACAAAUCCAGAGCAUCCACUUUUGAAAUUAAUGGUCGAAGAAUUGGGCGUGUACCUUCGCGUGAUUGAAGAUCCCAUGGCAACACAUUUUUAUACGAAAUUGUAUGCAAUUUUCUACAGUGCAUUUGAUAGUGUCUUGCUCUUGGAUGCGGAUAAUUUUGCUGUGCGAGAUCCGACUUAUUUAUUCGAGACACCAGAAUUUGUCAACACAGGUGCCAUCUUUUGGCCAGAUUUUUGGAAACCGAGUAAUACAAUUUUUAAUAUUCAUCGCGAUAGUUUUGUCUGGAAGUUUUUCGGACUGGAGUAUAUUGAUAUGUUUGAGCAGGAAAGUGGUCAAGUGAUGAUUAAUCGCCGUAUGCAUUAUAAGGCAUUGAAUGUGCUCAUGUACUAUGGAUUCUCAUUACCUCGCGCUCAUGAGGAACUUCAUCUUGUGUGGGGUGAUAAGGAUUUAUUUCGAUUCGCGUGGCUUAAGUCCAAAAGUACUUUUCACAUGACAGAGCGACCACCUGGUGCAGCUGGAACGAAACAUCCUGACUAUGAUCUUUUUUGUGGGGUGACAAUGGUACAACAUGAUCCAAGUGGUCACGUGAUAUUCAUGCAUCGAAAUACUGAGAAACUUACGUACUCGAACAAUCGAAUAUUAUGGACUCAUAUUCAAGAAUUUAAAAGUACAUCAAAAUUAAAAGAUUACUAUGUGCGUGGUGCAAAUGGUGGCAAAGUCUUUCCUCAAUUCAAAAGAUGUUUUGGGAAGGACGUGCACUAUGCCAAGCUUUUUACGCUUAAGCCAAUGAGUGCGUAUCCGUUUGAAAAGCUUGAAGAUGAUCUUUUGCGAUAUGCUGCUUCUGGGGCUGAUGUUUUACGUCUUGCAGGGUAUAAAGAUGUGGACGAGAAGGAGUAG